AUGUGGUAUAAGCAAAUUGGAGUCUGGGGCGAGAUAACUAUCAUGGCGUGGGAUUCGCGUGGUGCGAGGAAGCAGCAAUACACUUACUGUCGACUCAUCAUGCACGUACGAGCGAACAUGGCAGCAGCAACUGAAUUGGUACUGAUGAAGCAGUGGCCACCGGUGAAGUGA